CGUCACGUUAGCCCCACCCAAUACAGGAAGAGCCGCUCGACUAGCGGCAGCCCAUCAGAGGAGGGCUACGACGGUAAUAAGCUCCAGUUUUCUGGAAUGAAACAAAGGCUUCCUCCUGUUGAAGACGGUGUCCGGCAGCGGUUAAGUUGUGAAUAUAUUUGUGACAGUGAUACCACCGCCAUGGCCCGGGUUCUGAAGGAGUAGCUGGCUCCUUUUGUUGUUGUUGACAGUCGUGUUCGCGCUGACUAAAGCUAACGUCAGAUAAAUUGAGCUUCACGUCUGACCCGUUUCUGUCCUCCGUGCUGCCGACUAAAAGACUUCAGCAUGCCAAAAGAGGCAGAGGGUGGAGGAGACAAGGAGUCGAAGGAGGAGAGGGCGCAGGAUGCCCCAGAGCAGACGGUGAGGAAGAGGGUCCGGGCAAAUACUCCGAGCCCGCACAGAGAGAGCACUCCCCAAGCCAGCCCUCCCAGGUUUGUCUCUGUGGAGGAACUGAUGGAGACAGCUAAAGGAGUCACCAACAUGGCUUUGGCACAUGAAAUACUGGUGAACCAUGCUUUUCAAGUCAAACCUGCAGAACUUCCUGAGGGGAGUUUGGAGCGCAGAGUGAAAGAGAUAAUGCACAAAGCAUUCUGGGAUUGUUUGGAGGAUCAGUUGAAGGAGGAUCCACCGACGUACGGACAUGCCAUCAAACUGCUGGCUGAGAUCAAAGAGACACUGCUGUCCUUCUUGCUGCCUGGCCACGGCCGUUUGCGCGCCCGUAUUGACGAGGUUCUCGACCUGCCUCUCAUCCAGCAGCAGGCUGAGAAGGGAACUCUUGACAUUAGUGAACUGUCCCAGUUCAUCGUUGGGAUGAUGGGCUCGCUGUGUGCCCCCUGCAGAGACGAGGACAUCAAUAAGCUAAAAGAGAUCACCGAUAUUGUGCCUCUGCUCAAGGCGAUAUUCUCUGUCUUGGACCUGAUGAAGGUGGACAUGGCUAACUUCGCCGUCAGCAGCAUUAGGCCUCAUCUCAUGCAGCAAUCGGUUGAGUAUGAGAGAAGCAAGUUCCAAGAGUUUCUGGAGAAACAACCAAAUGCUUUAGACUACACUGAGAAGUGGCUUGAGGAUGCAGUGAGAUGCCUGAGAGAGGCUGGACCUGAUGGUUCUAGUGCUGCCUCAUCUGACCCUCCCUCACUCCUUCCCCUUAACGUCCAUAAUCAUGCCUAUCUACGCCUUCUGAGGUGGGACCACGCGUCAGACCCCUUCCCAGAGACGGUGUUGAUGGACCAGGUUCGGUUCCAGGAGAUGCAGCAGGAGGCCGAGCGGUUAGUUCUGCUCUCCUCUGUGCUCCUCGUUGUCUACACUACCACAGGAGAGGCUAUCUCAGGCCUGCCAGGGCUGAUGGAGACUCUUAAAAACACUGUCAACAUCUUGCUUGCAGACAUGCACACUCCGUCUUUUAGUGCACAGGAGGCCUUAGCGACCAUAGGGGAGAAACUGUGUGUUGAGCUGAGUCAGUGUCUAGGCCAACAUGGCUACUCUCCAUUUUCAGCUGACAGAAAGAGCACUCUGAUGGGACAAAUCUCAGCUACCAUCCAGCCAGACAACACAGUCCGCAAGCUGAUGGACUCUCGGGUUCAGAGCUACCUCCUGGCUUCCCUGGAGUCCAGUCAACAUAAGACCCCUCCUGCUCUCCCAGGGGGUCUGGCUCCAGUCGGCAGGGAGCUGAAGGAGCUCGCUGUUCGCUUCAGUCGUCUCGUUAACUUCAACAAGCUUGUCUUCUCCCCGUUCUACCAAAAGAUUCUCAAUAAAAUACUGGCAGGAGGGGAGAGCCCGUAAACAUUGAAAUGUGGAGUUAGAGUGGUGUGGAGAGAGUGGUCUGUAGUUUAACCAUUUCCCCCCCACUAGUGACGGUUAAGUUUUAGAGAAAAGAGUUAAGGAGGCUGAUCUGUAUUCAGCAGAUAGAGCCAGCUAGAGUAUGCACCUUAUGCAGGCAUAAUCACAAAACACUGGCUAACAUCCCAGCUGUAUUAACUCACAGUGUUGCUUAUUUGAGAAAACCUCAGGCCUCGUAAGUGUGACCUUACUGUAGCCAUCUCACAUUAAGUUGUGCUCAUUCGAUACGUUUCACACCCCAUAAUAAACAAGAUUUAGACCUCAGUCUUACCAAACAGGCACUGGGGCAGAAACACCAGUCUGUCCAUUCAUUCUGAGCAUGGGUAGUGCAUGGAGGCUGACACCAAUAGCGUCAUUUAGACUCUUGCACAGACAUUCGGAGCUUUGCCAAAUUGCUCCUGGUUUCUGUUUUGUUCAUUGCUGCCCAAAACAACACAGUGCUACAGGGAGACUGCACCAGCAGGGGAGGAGAAAUACUCUCCACUUGUUGCUGAUGGAGCAAGGAAGAUACGUUGCUCCCCAGCUGGGAGCCAGAUACCGGGCAUAAUCCAGAGUUCAUUGACCAAACAAUUACACUCUCCCACAAUGCCACACAGCCCUGCACUCAUCGCAAUGCCUGACUUGGUCUGAAUGAGGCCUUAAUGUUGUGAUUAUCAUACUUUGCAAGAUAUAAACACAUUUCUUUCUACAAAAAAAUAUGGCUUCAUACAGUAUAACUUAAUAGAUAGCAAUGUGUCUCAGUAUGCAAUCAGUAUUUAAAUGACCAAAAGUUCUCAGAUUGGCACAUAUUUGGUCCUGUGUUGAGGCCUAGAAGUAUUUUAUGUUGAUCUUAACCUAAUAAAUGUUUCUCAUCUCUGCCAUAUGCAUGAGAGCUCCAGACAUGUCUCAAGUUGCCAGGAGUUGCUCAGACAGAGACACGCAGGCACAUUCAAUGAAAGGAGAAACUUCCUGGGAACACUUGAUGGCAACUUGCUGAAUCAGUAAUGCAUCAUUUGAUUUUGAUCAGCCGCAUCUCUGAUACAGUGAUACACAGACAUAUUAAUUCCCCUACCACGCCGCUUGAAGUCAUAGAAAAACAAGGUACAAUAAUGCAAAUUACUGGUUUUAUUUAUUUAUUUUGAUAUGGUAAUCACAUUAUAUUUGUGAAACAUGCAUCUCCCCAGCAAAUCUCCCUUUGUGCUUACAAAAGAGUUGAUUGAAAGGGCAGUAGAGUAUAACCUUGGUAACUCUGUGACCAGGUUGUCAACUAUUCCCUAAAACAGUCUCCUUGACAGAACCUGUGUGUCUCUGCCUUACCAACAUUUCCUGUCAGCUCAUGAGUAAAACACCCAUGGAGCUCUUUUACAUACUAACAGAGAUGGAAAUCAUUUAUCAAAUUCUGAAUGUUAAUAAAGUGCUUCAGCUCUGGAGAACAUCAGACCAAAUAUGCAACACCCUAAAGAGUUUUUCACUCGGACUGAUUCCCCAAACUCAGACAUUUGUGAUGAACUUAAAAGAAUUCAAUAUGGUCAAGUAUUCAGAAACAACUUUCAGGACUCGUGUUCAAACUCAGUUGUACUGACGCUGACUGAAUUAAUUAACUAAAGUGAUUAAGUAAUUCUAUAGCUUGACAACGCAGCAGAUGAUUGCAUGCUGACUUUAAACGACUACUGGGAAUUACAGUGGAUACAAAGAAUCUUUUCACCAUUACAUAGUUACCGUUACAGCUUUUGAAAUUUCCUCUUCGUUAGACUUGAUAUCAAAUAGUUCAUAGUUUAUCAGAUUUACUUAAUGUUAAAACAUUUGGGUAUGCCUUUCCUGCAGCAUGCUGAAGAUGAAAAAAAUCCUCGUAUUUGGAUCAGACAUGGAUCAUCUUUGGCACCACUAGAGUCUCUAGCAGGCUAAACUAAAAUAAGAAGAGAACCCAUUUGAAUGUGCAUUUUUGUUAAGAGUGGACCUGGUUAGUUUUCUCUGUCUGCUUCCAGUCUUUGUGCUAAGCUGAGCUAAUAGACACAUGGCUGCAGCUUUAUAUUUAGCAUUUAGGUACGAAAGCAGUGUAAAUCUUUUCAUCUAGAUCUCAGCAAGAAAGGGAAUAAGUGUAUGAACCAUUGCUUUUACAAACCAUAUCGCGAAAUGGUCUGGUGACUGAAGUCUGACGAGAAUCUGGUACUGGUUCAUAGGGAACUCAGAGAUCUGAAAUGUAGACUUUUUGUAUCCACUGUAUGUGCACAUAGGACGAUUCUUAAAAGAUAUUUAACAGGAUAUUAAAGCAAAAUGACCAGAAUAAAUUGAUGUGCACUGAAGGGAAGCCAGACUGGUGUUAUGGACCAACUUGAACUGUUGUUCUUUAAAUUGUUACAUGUUAUUUCAAAUUGUGUUCACUUAUUUAUAACAUUUCUGAUGGUUUAUAAGAUCUUUAGAAUAUUUACUUUCAGCAAACACUUUGCUCUGCAUACAUAUUUUACAACUUAGCACAGAAUACUGACAGUGGUUGUGACAUGGCAGAAUGACGUCACCUGUCCCUAAAUGAAUAACACCUGUUAACCAACUGAUCUCUUCAAUUACACUGAUAUCUGUCCUUAAAUGUUCAUUCAACAUGCAAAUAAAGCAUUGUUCCUCCCACA